ACUUGCACUUCCCGUGACGCAGAGAAACGCGGUAAAACGAUAUUCCGGUUUGCAGAAGGAGGACAGCAGCAGCAUGGCAUCGGAGGGCAGCACCAUGGCUAACGUGAACGGACGGGAGACAGUCUCCUUGAACGGGGAGCCUGUCGUGAAGCGGCCCCGGGAGAGCGCCUCGCUGGAGUCCCCUCUCCGUGUCCCCAAAGAGCCUCAGAACAAAGUGACCGUCGUGCUCGGAGCGCAGUGGGGCGACGAGGGCAAAGGAAAAGUUGUGGACUUGCUGGCUAUGGAUGCAGAUAUCGUAUGCAGGUGUCAGGUACAUAACUCUAGAGUCGAUUUAACUUAAAACAAAGAUCUGAAAUCACGGUUUACCCAAGUAUAAAGUUUAUGAAAAUGUCCGCUCAGAGUAACACGACAGUUAGAUAAAAGUCUUACCGUUUAGUGACCGUUAAAUAUUCAUGACCUGCCCUGACGUCAACAACCUUGUCGAAGUUCCCGGAUGUGCUAACCAAACGCUAAUAAAUACCGCUAACCUGGCCCUCCUGUAUUUGUGUAGCAUGUGCGAAAGCAAAUAGUGAACAGUAUGCUCUACAUUACCUCUGUGCGCUGGUCAUUGUUUCCUGUGAAUUCAGGAUUAUGUAAGCCCCUCACAGCCCGCUGUUAGCCAGCUGUUCCGCUAACUCAAGGAUCAGAAAUGUUAUCAUGUAGUCUCUUUCAUCAAAGUUAUCUGAAACACUGUUAUUACAGGAGCUGAGCUGACUGUGUCUGCUCUCAUUGAAACUCUGAGAUUGUGUCUCUUUACAGUUGAGUGUGUUUACUCUUUGCAGGGAGGGAACAAUGCAGGUCACACUGUUGUUGUGGAUUCAGUGGAGUAUGAUUUCCACCUGCUGCCCAGUGGAGUGCUCAACAAAAAGGCUGUUUCCUUCAUCGGUAACUUCACCACUGCUUGUGCUUUCACUUCUGUUAGACUUACACUUGGCGGGAAUACACAGCUCCUCGUAAAGCAAUAAAGCAUCAGUGUAUGACCUACAUCAGAGCCAGCACAGACAGCUUUAUCAGCUGCUUGUUGAAAAGGUGUUAACAUUGAUUCAUUUUAUGUUUGGACUGAUGUGAGCCAACGCAUGCUGGAAAUUAUUGCAAACUCUGAACAAAAUCCUAAAUUUUAAACAUGUAACUGUGUAAAUCUAAAUUCAUGUAAGACUAAAGCUGUGUAACUGCAUUUAAAUGUUCAUUUUCUGUUUUGUUUUUACAAUGUCGUACAUGCCUUACUGACUUAUUCAAGUUACCUCUGAAGUCAGAAAUCCGAGCUGAAAAUGACGUCACAAAGCAAUGCAAAGUUUGAAGCAGAAACAAGAUGGCUACAUCUACGCAAGUUAUUUUAGCGCUCGCCUUGCCAUGUAUUAGGCAAGCGCUAAAAUAACUUGCGUAGAUGUAGCCAUCUUGUUUCAGGCCUCCGAUUUUGCUGUUUUCCAACUUGGUAACUGAAACACUUGGAACUUGGAUGUGACGUCAUUCUACUUCCGAAGUAACUCAAACGCAGCAUUAGACCUCUCUUUUCAGGCUGCAAAGUCGAAUCAAGGCCUUUCCUGAACAGAUUAAAUAAACAUUGAACGUUACAAUCUCCAUGAAUGGAGUUUAUAGGAAAACUGCAUCAGUUUUAACCAGGUGUUGCUUAGAAACUGAGAGUGUGUGUCAAUACACUGCUUAAAACCAACUCAAUACCUACACAGGCUGUACAUACUGACACAAAGGGUAACAAAAGGUUGUGCAAAACCAACGGCAGAAAAUAAAGAGUUAUAUAACAGCAUUACUGCAUUGCUUUAGUACUGAAACCAGCAUUUCAAGAGUGUUUCCCUGAUGUAUUAUUUCCUCAUUUGGAAGCUAUUUUCGUACUUUGAGACACGAAGGUUAGAAAGAGGAAGCAUUAAAGUGACACUUGCCAAAAAAACCAAGUCAGUUUGAGGUGUGAGUACAAACUCAUAAGGAAAAUAUUUGCAGUCUGUUACUCAUGAAGAGUCUAACACAUGUUAUUGGACAUAGCUGAUACAUGGAGAUGAAGUGUUGUUUUGCAUUACAGGCAAUGGGGUGGUAAUACACCUGCCUGGUCUGUUUGAGGAAGCUGAGAAGAACCUGCAGAAAGGCAAAGGUAAAGUUUGAUAGAUUAAAUAAAGGUGAUGUGAGGUUCCAGAUGUGUUAUAAUGCAGUUAUGUUAAUAUGUGUUCUGUUGUGUUCAGGAUUACAAGGAUGGGAGGAGAGAUUAAAAAUCUCUGAUCGUGCCCACAUUGGUAAGCAAACAUACUUUUAUUCAUGUUAGUGGAAACUAAAUAUUCUCUUUAUGACAGCUUGUCCUUUGCAUUUGUAGUGUUCAACUUCCACCAGGCUGUAGACGGUAUCCAGGAGCAGCAGCGACAGCAACAAGAAGGGAAAAAGUAAAUAUCAUUAGUUCAUACUCUAUAAAUCUUUACCAUUAAGUUCAAUCAAAGUGUUUUGAAGUUGGGGUGUUUAUUUACUGUGAAUUAUGUUGUAAUUUAUGGCUACUCACGUUGUGGUUUCCUAUUCUUUCCAGUUUGGGAACCACCAAGAAGGGCAUUGGUCCUGCCUACUCCUCCAAAGCUGCUCGGAAUGGCCUGCGUGUGUGUGACCUUGUCUCAGAUUUCAAAGUCUUCGAGGAGAAGUGAGUUGUUUUUCAUUCCCCUCUCACUUGUUGCCAUAACAUCAGUGAUGUAAUAUGAGAAAAAGUCUCUGAGAUUCCUUAUUGUAUUUGUGUCUGUGUGUCGUGCAAUUGUGCUUCCUAGUUUAGCCGUUUACUUGAAGCACUCUUUUGAAUGAAGGAGCAGUUUGGAUGUUACUGUCUACUGUAACAUGGGGGUGGGGUUACUUUCUUUAAUGUGUCAUUAAUGAGUUUGCUAAAUACUGUCCACUAAUGACCUGAGAGUUUGUACUGUAAAUCACAAGCUGAUUUCUUUUCCGAGUGGUGUCUGUGUCUUGGCCUGUCAAUAGAUGGCAGUGGUACACAGGUUAAAUCUGCUGGUUCACUGUUUUCAUCCAAGUAUUUCACUCACCUGUUUGUUCUUUGUGAUAUGGAACGGUGCCGUUAAUAUUGGCGAACAGAGGUGCACAUAAGAAUGAACACUGUCUUUUUUUCACUCACAGGUUUCGCAUGUUGGCAGAACAUUUCCUGACCAUGUAUCCAAACCUGAAUGUUGACAUCAACAGUGAGCUGGAGCAGCUGAAGGUGAGGACAGGUUCUGCAAUGAUGCUUAACUGGGUUUGGUUUUUUAACCGUGGAGUUUUGCAUUGAUUUCAUGAACAUAUUCUUCUGUCAGUGGUUACAGGAAGUAUUUGUUUUCCCAUAGUUCUUCCACAUUAUCCCUCACAACUUGACUCAGACUGGAGUGUUGAUAACCCUUACCUGGAUUCCAGUUUAAGUUUAGAAGACACCUGCAGGGAGCCCACCGCAGAAUCAAUGAGUGUGUCUCCCCGUUAAGAUGGCCGCGGUUUGCAUUUACAUACAUUAAGCACAGCUCUGUAACUUCAUUGAUAAUUUAAACCUCCAGACACGCCAACCAGAUCAGCCGGAAUCUAGUAGUAAUAAAUAAAGUGUGUUUUCAACACGUGCAAAAAGUCCCACACUGUCAGUUCAUACACUGUAUAGAUGAUAGUGAAACAGCGCUUCCUCACGAGGACUUGACUAUAACUUGACUCUUAUUCAUCUUGGGGGAUUCAGACUUGAACUCUGAGGACUCCAGACUUGACAUGGACUGGAGCUUUGGUGACUUGACUACAACUCUGCUGAUCAGUAUUCAGGGGUUUAAUCAUGUUAGUGCCGGUAAAGCCUUCCCGAUGAGUUGUUGAGUCUAAUAAAACACUGAGUGGUUUGGUGUCUGUGUUUCAGGGCUAUGCAGAGCGGCUGCGUCCUUUGGUGACUGACGGGGUGUACUUUAUGCACAAAGCUCUGACUGGACCCAGUAAGAAAAUCCUGGUGGAGGGAGCCAAUGCUGCUCUCCUUGAUAUCGACUUUGGUGAGGACCACUGACUUCCAGGCAUUAUGAUUAUCCGAAACUGGGUGGAUGUAUUUCUUCAUGGUGAUAACUGAUAUCUCUCCCUUCAGGGACGUAUCCUUUCGUCACAUCUUCUAACUGCACCGUGGGAGGGGUGUGUACCGGUCUGGGCGUGCCUCCAUCACAUGUUGGCAGAGUGUACGGUGUCGUCAAAGCUUACACCACCCGGGUGGGCGUUGGUGCUUUCCCAACAGAGCAGAAUAAUGUGAGUAGAGACACUUUAAACACACUUUAAAGAGCAUCUGAACGGGAACUGGAAAAGAUACUACUAAUUACAGAUAAUUGUAAUCAAGCUGAGAAGUCGUCGAUUUUGUGAUUAAAGGAUUAAAUUCAUCACACUGGUGUCCAUGACUCUCAGUAGCAGCUCUUUGUUAGAGAGCCAACACACUCACACUUGGAUAGAGAGGACAUGUUGGUGUCUGAUUACCAGACUUUGAGCAGACAAGAGGAUUUAGAGUGGACACAUUUUACUUAGAUUAGUAUAAAAAUAUUCAAAGUCAAUUCUAGAGGUCAACCAAUAUUGAAUUUUAAGAGCCAAUACCGAUCCUGUUGGUAAGAUUCGUGCAGCAAAGCCAAGCAGCACACUUGUUCGUUAACUAGUUUUAUCUGAUGUCUAUAAAAUCGGAGCAGAUGCAGGUAAUCGGUGAAAUGCAGAAUAUUGGCCCAAUAAUUAGAAAAGGCCGAUCCUCAGUUAUGACUCAGCUGUAGCCAUUACGGCCUGUGUCCAUUAAACCUGAUGAAGCUUAGCGCUUUCAGCUCUCUGCAGUAAAAAAAGAAAAAACCUGUGUCUGCUAUUUUUUGCCGUCGUCCUCUGAGUUGUAAACAGUCCAACUUAUGCAACACACCACGCUCGUCACUGCUGCUCGUCGCUCAUUACCAACCAAAAUCAAGGAAAAGCAGGGCUCCUGAUCUUGCUGUGAAGCAAGAGCUCUAAUCACUGCAACACCAUGCAGCCAAAUUUAUUCGUAGAUUUGCUCAAAACUGUCAAGAUAGUCUGGAGGAAAGCUUUUGAGAGGAAAGGAGGAAUACAAGCAUGCAGGACAUGUGUAUGUGACCAAGACCCUGAACCUCCAGCUGCUCCGUGGUGACAACAGAGGGGGGUGGUUGUUCUGGGAAGCUCCUCCUAUCCUGUGUGAGUGUAUGAGCCUUCAUUGAGUGUACGCUCAGCUAACUACUGCUCAGUUUUUCUCUCUAGAAGUGUCAUGAUUGUGGGGAUUUUCUAUGAUAGUGUCACUUUUAAGACGUUUUUUUGUUUGUUUGUAUUUCCCAGCUGAUUCCUUUUUUUCUUUUUUUUUUUGUCUUAUGUAUUUUAGGAGACUGGGGAUUUGUUACAGUCCAGAGGGAGAGAGUUCGGUGUGACGACAGGCAGGAGGAGGCGCUGUGGAUGGCUUGACCUGAUUUUGGUCAGAUACGCCCACAUGGUCAACGGCUUCUCUGCGUAAGGAACCAUCACUUUAUUUCUGAAAAUUCUCCUCGUUGAAUAAUUUACUCACAUCAUUUUUUAAGCAAGGUGGUCUUAAUCUGCUCUGGAAUGAUCAUCAUCAAGCUGUCUUACUCUUGUAGGAUCGCCCUGACAAAGCUGGACAUUUUGGAUACGCUGCCUGAGAUCAAAGUGGGCGUGGCCUACAAGGUUGAUGGAAAACCUUUGCCAAGUUUUCCUGGUAGGUCUCCCACACUGAGUGAAAAUGUGCUCUUUUUGUCUGCCCAUUUAAUAUGUUCUGAACAAAUUAGCUAAGAAGUUAAAGGUAUCAGUUUGUCCACAAGGGGCGCCAAAAUCAACCUGAAACAAAAGUUCCAUACAGGAGCUUUAAAUAUAAACUCAGAGGUAGUCAAACAUCAAAUGACCUCACAUUUAUGAAGCUGAAGCCAGUGAAGAUUUGAUAUUUGGAAAAUAAAUGCAGUUUUAUUUUCUGUGUAUUUGACUUUUUAUCAGUCCACAAAAGCUUUAGUGCCAGAAAAAUGAUAUUACUAAAACAAUCAAAGGUCUGUGUUGACCCAGAGGGAUCUUUGUUUUCAGAGCAGCUUCUCUGAAAUUUACUUUCAGGCAAAUAGAAAAAGCUUUUAUGGCCCCUAAGGUCAAAUUUCACACGGGUCAGCAUCUACUUGCAGGAAAUGCUUCUGCUUGGGGGUUAAAAAUCCAUUUUUCCGCUUAUUUGAGGAUGUAAUUAUCUACAGUGACUUUUCGCUUGUCUCCCUAAAUGAGGCAAAUAGAUUUAUUAGUAAACAAAUUAAAACGUGAUAAAACAAACUUUCCACUCUUGUUUCUUGUGACACUGCUUCUGCUCUCUAUCAACAGAUUUUCUCUUACGUUUAUCGUAUUAGUCAAACAUCACAGAGCUUUACACUAUCAGGAAUAGUUAUGUAAAUUAGAAUCCUGACAGGGUGAGCAGGAACCAGUGCAAAGCUUUGUCAUAUUGUCAACAUAAAGUUGACGCAAAAUAUUAAUUAACUUCCUCUUUUUUAGCAAACAUGGACGUUUUGACGCGGGUGUCCGUGGAUUACGAGACGUUGCCCGGCUGGUGCUGCAGCACUGAGGCAGCCCGGAGCUUUGAGGAUCUGCCGCCGCAGGCACAGGAUUACAUUCGCUUCAUCGAGAACUUCCUUCAGGUGCCAGGUCAGUAAAAGAGCACUCUGUCUUAACAAAGACGCCGCUGCCAAACCAUGACUCAGUUUGCCAAACCUGCCACUCACACCCAGUCUGGUUUUCCUCAUUUCAGUGAAGUGGGUUGGAGUCGGGAAGUCCAGAGAGAGCAUGAUCAAACUGUUUUGAUCUCACUGCGGACCCGCUAUCAUCUCAAUCCAUGACUCAUACGAGGAGGAACUUCAAAUGCAAACUCUAUCCUAAAGGAAAUACUUCACCAGCAAGGCUACUUGUGAAACAUUUAGUCCCCUGCUUGUGCUUCACAUUUACAGUUAAUCUUCUUCAACAUAAUUUAUGCAUUCCACAUAACUUUUUCUAUAUUUAUUAGGGUGUUAAUUUUAAAACCUGGUGCAAAGAGAUCAAUCCUUUAUUUCAUUCCAUUGUAAUGCAGUUUAUUUUAAAGGCUAAUUACACCUUAAUAACAGGUCAUCGUUUUAGUAUGUUUUUUUUUUUACUUAUAUUUGAAGAGCGACUGAUAGACUGAGUCAGGGGUCUUCAAAUAAAAGGCUUUUGCUAUAAAGAAGGUAAUAAUUUUCAGGCUUCAAAAGGAAAGGAAAAACAGUUUGAAAGCUGUCUUAGUCAUUUCGAGUAUGAACUUUUCUAUUAGCAGUUUUAAACGAUAUAAAAACAUCUCAUGUGUUAAGUUUGUAACAGUUUUUUCAUGGUGAUUUUUGGAAUAAACAUAGUACUUUUUAAAUCAUCUUAAAGUCAAAGAUAAGAAAUUGAAUAAAUGUGCUAUAAAUAAUAUUCGUUUAAAUUCUCUUCAUGGAGGCAUUGGCUGAAGAUGGUGUAGAUGUAAAAAAAGACGUAAAGGCAGAGUACAUCUCCAUGUGUCCUGUCCUUUCAUUGAUCCCAUCAAUAAACUGUCUCUUACUCAGCUUGCUGUUACCAAUAAAAGGAAACCGUAACUUUACGAUUAUG